ACGGCGACACUAUCGUCAACCUCGACCAUCACAUUCCCUUCCGGCACUAGUACUCCGGAGACUGCUACCAUCACCUCCUCUGUAUUCAGUGUUAGCGUGACAACAACCACCGAAUAUCAAGUCCCAUCGGAUCUCAGCUUUGUGUUGACAGCAUCCUCGCUCCAGAUCGAUAGCCAACCCACAACAACGUCUUCCCAGAGCUUUUCCGAUCCUGACCAGGUCACCACCAGCAUUUCAGAUAUUCAGAGUACGCCCGCGACGACAUUUACUGCUGCCAGUCUCCCUACCAACCUCCCGUCGAGGAUUUUCCCCAAAAACGGCAUGACUGGAGAUGAGGAUCUUACCGGGUAUACCUUCAUCAGCAUCGCGUUCUCGACUGCCACGUUAGGAUGGGUUUAUGUCACUCAAAACUCUCUUACAUCAAGUCAAAUCCUGGCUUAUACGCCUGCCAUUUUAGUGAAUGCACUUGGACUGACGAGUGAUCAAGUAAUGUCAUGGUGUCUCCAAGUCAACAUCCCAUCUGGAUACGAGAAUGCGUCCGACGCCGCCCUGUUACAGACCAUGUGGACCGGGUACAUCCCUUCAGAUGAGGUUGACACGCUUGCGUCUCUCCUCCGUGUCUCGUCGUCCUUAAUCUAUACCGACGAUUCGGACCCUGUCGCCCAUGAACUUGCCUCCCAGAUUCAGAGCGCCGUUUCACUCUUCUCCGUCUCCGAUCCCAAUUCCUCUGGAUCUACCGACUCUUCCAGCGCUGCUUCUGGAAGCACGUCGACCGAUACAACCCGCCAAGACGCUAUUAUUGGCGUUGUCAGCGCGCUGGGCGCGAUCGCUGUUCUGGUUCUUCUCUUCCUCGUCUAUCGCACUGUGCAGCGUCGCCGGGAGCUCGCGCACCGUAGGCUCUCCGAUCCGCCUGAUACGGCGGGUAUUCGGCCAGCAGGAAGAGACUUUGACCAGGACACUGUCGGUGGGCAGAGGCGGAGGAGCUUCUUCUACGCGGAGGAUUCGCUCAGAGGCUUCCAGGGAGAACGACCUGUCGAGGACAGUUACGAUGCACGGACGACCAGCCCUUCGGCGAUGACCCAACGAAGGGCCGUCAUGCCUUCUGCGAUCUCGGCUCCAAUCUUGAGAGAGAGCAGUAUGAACUGGUGA